AUGUAUAAAUACAUACAAAAAUUAGAAAAAGAAGGCGAUAUAAAUCGGCAGUAUGAAAUUGCAGACUUAAUUGGUCAAGGAAAUUUUUCUAGCGUAUAUUUGGUUGUUCGAAAAUUGGAUGAAAAAGAAUUUGCGCUUAAAAAAAUUUACAAAAAAGAAUUAAAUGGUGCACAGUACUUGGUGGAAAAUGAGGUGGAAAUUUUACGUAGAAUAUUACACAAAAAUAUUUGCCACUUAUUUGGCGCAUAUGAAUCAAAAAGAUCGUAUUUUUUGCUGUUUGAAUACGUUGAAAGAGGUGAUCUGUUUGAAACAUUAUCUGCUGUUGGAACACUUGAAGAAAAUUUAUCAUCAAAAAUAAUUGCACAGGCCGCUGCAGCAUUAAGCUACUUACACGAACAACAAAUUGUACAUCGAGAUGUAAAACCGGAAAAUCUGCUUUUAACUACAGAUUUUUUGGUGAAACUUACAGAUUUUGGAUUAGCCUGCAGUGCCAAAAAACCACUGUAUCGCAUCUGUGGAACACCAAGUUAUAUAGCACCAGAAAUCUUGAAACGAACUGGCUAUGGUGUUGCAGUAGAUGUUUGGUCGUUGGGUAUUAUACUUUAUCAGAUGCUUCUUGGACAUACCCCCUUCAAGUGUUCAAGCCGAUAUCGACUUUUUCGAAUGAUAAUGAAUGCUGAUUUGACGUUUCUUGGCUCUGAAUGGAGCAAUAUUUCUGAAGGUGCCGUAUCGUUACUGAGUAAAAUGCUGAUAACAGAUACGACAAAACGUUACACGGCGUCACAGAUUCUUUCACAUCACUGGUUUACAAUGUUCGUAAAAAAACCAUUGUGUUUGUAG